UCAUCGGUGAUGACAGUGAUUUUAUGUUAAGAUUUUAUCUCAUAGAAAAUUAGAAACAUUAAUGAAAUAACAUUUUAAGCGUAAUUUAUAUAGCUGGAUUGAUGCCGCUAGGAAGUUAACUUUAUUUAAUUCAUUACACUUCACGUUAUAGAAAAGGAAUUUUAUGUCACUAAGAUGACUAUAAUGUUUGCGUAAUUUCGCCACUAUACCUACUGGUAUUAUUAUGCAAAUAGAAAAACUUCCUGAUUCAUAAUGACGUUACGCUUUUACAAUUACUAAGAGGAGUAUCGGGAUUACAUUAUUACUUCAGUCUCGGUCGCAGGCCGGAUCAUGUCAAAAUAGUGCGAAAUUGUAAUUUAACGUUUUUAUUUUCGCUCCUGAAAAUGUGGGACAAAGUGAUGUUUUACUGGUCCAAAACCAAUCGUUGGCAUAGAGUGUUCCUGAUAUUUCUGCUAGUAGAGCUGCGACUGAUCCCCGGAGGGCAGGUGGGGUUCUGGUGCAAGGACCCUGCACUGUCACACCCGUUCACCGGAGACACCGUCAACUGGAAAUGGCUGCUGGUCACAACUAUAUUCCUUCCGCUGGUUGUUAUGUUACUAGCUGAAAGAAAAUACCACAAACAUGAGAAGUCCAAUGGUAAAAGUAAAUCUAGAGCACUGGCAUGGUACAAGGAGUAUUUGUUCGGUCUUCUCAUCAAUAUGACCGUAGUGCAAACCUUGAAGUUGGUAGUCGGGUCUCCGAGACCGCAUUUCUUUGACACAUGUCAGCCGGAAGAGGCUUUGAGCUGUCAAGGAUCAGAGUACGUGCAGAGUUACACGUGCACUAAGGCAGUGUGGCAACACCAGUCGGAUAAGAGCUUCCCCUCCGGACAUACGUCAUUGGCGAUACACGCCGGGAUUUUUAUAGCGUAUUACAUGCGACGCCGCGCAGGGGAUACCAGGGCAACAUGGGCCCUGCAAGGACUGACUCUGUUAACCGCUGCAUACUGCAGUCUGUCCCGCAUGUCCGACCAUCGCCACCACUGGUGGGAUGUGCUGGCGGGUGCCACACUCGCGUUGCCUAUACUGUUGUACACUAUUCUAUUCCUCUGUAAAAACUUCGAAUGUCCUGAAAUCGGAGUUGACACAGAUGCCAGCAGUACAGAUACAUCACUCAGUGCCACAGCCAACGAGACAGACAAAUCACAUGGCAACGGAACUGUGGGCCAUACGUAACAGUAAUACGGUUAUGAAGGGCCGCAAUUUCGAAAUUGUUGGUUCUGUGUUUCACUUGUUUGAACAUGAUCUAUUCACAUUAUCAGCAUCACUAUAGAUAUAGUAAGGCACAGCUGGGAAAAUCGCGACUGAUGGGCAAAUGUAACUGGUCCAAUUCUUCCAUGUUUUACAACGUUUUCAUUAUUAAAUAGAGUGUCCACCGGUUAUAUUUGUUAGGCGUGUUCAGAAAACAUACAUAUACAUGUAGAACCCAAAACUAU